GUGGGCGCCCGGGCCCCGGAGUUGAGCAGAGAGCCAUGGCGGGCCGUGGGACCGGAGGGAAAGGCGCCGCCGACGCCGAAGCCGCGCUGGGGACCUGCCUGGAAGCGGUGCUGGGCAGCCGGAGCAGCGCCAACCGCGUCUUCGAGAUCCUGGAGCUGCUGCAGGUGAGCGAGGCGCACGGGCGCCGCCGGGGGAACCGGGCGCUCCGGCACCUCUCUUUUGGGGGGGGUGGGGGGUGGGGGGAAUCCCAGGAGCCGCACGACCCGAACCAAAGAGGAUGGGGAGGAGGAGCCAUGCUCAGGAAGGGCAGUUGCCUCUGGCCACGAGUGGACGCCGGUCUCAAUGCUUCCCAUGCUUGGGUAGAUGGAUGGAUAGAUGGAUACUGGGUUUAACUCAAAGGAGAAGCCCCACCGAGUUCGCAGGUGCUUACUUCCUGGCAAGUGUGGUUCACAUUGCAGCCUUGGGCAGGUGUCUCUCUCUCUCCCUCGCUCUCUCUCUCUCUCUCUCACACGCACAGGCAGGCAGGCAGGCACACAUACAGUCCAAGCCAGCACCUCCUAUAGUUCACCAGUGCCAGAUUUAUGUAUAAAUUAAACAAGGGAUGCGGGUGGCGCUGUGGGUUAAACCACAGAGCCUAGGACUUGCCAAUCAGAGGGUCAGCAGUUCACAUCCCCGCGGUGGGGUGAGCUCCCGUUCCUUGGUCCCUGCUCCUGCCAACCUAGCAGUUUGAAAGCACGUCAAAGUGCAAGUAGAUAAAUAGGUACCGCUCCAGAGGGAAGGUAAACGGUGUUUCCGUGCACUGCUCUGGUUCGCCAGAAGCGGCUUAGUCAUGCUGGCCACAUGACCCGGAAGCUGUACGCCGGCUCCCUCAGACAGUAAAGCGAGAUGAGCGCCGCAACCCCAGAGUCAUCCGCGACUGGACCUAAUGGUCAGGGGUCCCUUUACCUUUACCUUUAAAAAAGCUAUAGCUUAGGGCCCCACUUUCUUGGCUUCCGUUUCCCACACUUUCCAAGCAUGGAAUGUGAACACAGACAUGUGAUAUAACAAUCACACAUCUAGCAACGGGAGAGAAUGAAAAUACUGACAAACCAUUCAUUAUUCCAUUAUUGCAUUCAUCAAAACUUAUUUACACUGUUGAAUUUAUCUUAAUGCUGCCAGUGUUUUCAGCUGUACACAAUUAUUUCCCAUAUAUUCAAUAAACGUUUUCCAAUCUUCUCUAAACAUAUGUUCUUCUUGUGUUGUUAUUCUAUAUGUUAAGUCUGCAAGCUGAGCAUAUUCUUCUUUGGUUGGGACCUUGCUCGUUUUCCAUUUUCCCUCCUUUCCAUUCCCAUACAGGAUGAGCAGAAGGAGAUUGUCUUGUGUGCCAUCCGGACCUGCAGCCGCCUCUUUGGGUCUUUGCUUGAACGGGGAGAGCUCUUUGUUGGGAACCUGCCUCUGGAAGAGCCAUCUUUGCAAGGUGAGGAUGAAUAUUGCGCAGGAAACUGGACUAGGGGGGAAAUUGUGAUGGGCACCACUGGUAUUUAUUUAUUUAUCUAUUGCUUGCCUGCCAUUCACCCUAAGGUCCUAGGGCUAGGUCACAUCAUUAAAACAUAACAUUUAAACCAGUUUAAAACAACUCUGUGGUUGAUCCGCAACCAGCUGAAGACCAGUGACUCCUUCUAUUUCUGAUAUACAGGUGCAGCUGCCAAUACAGUUCUCAAACUUAAUCCGUUCCAGAAGUCCAUUCCAAAACCAAAGCGUUCCAAAACCAAGGUGCGCUUUCCCAUAGAAAGCAAUGCAAAAUGGAUUAAUCCAUUCCAGUCUUUUAAAAACAACCCCUAAAACAACAAUUUAACAUGAAUUUUACUAUCUAAGGAGACCAUAAAAUGAAAGCAAUAAAAAAUGUACUGCAGUCACACAAUCAAUCAGUAGCUGAACUGGGUUCCACACACAGUCACCAAAAAAAAGAGCUGCAAAAAGAAAGACACAAAAAAAUUUGCAAAAACAGACAGACCUCGGCAUAACACUCAAAACGGAUGUGUGGCACUCAAAUUGGAAGUAUAACACUCAAAACGGAGCACAUUCGGCUUCUGAAAAAAGUUCGCAAACUGGAACACUUACUUCUGGGUUUGCAGUGUUUGGGUUCCAAGUUGUUUGAGUACCAAGGUGUUUGAGAACCAAGGUACCACUGUAUUUAUGCAGUCCACACAGCUCUAUCUGAAAUGGAUAUUGAAUAACAGUAUCCAUGAGUUUUUAAAAAAACAUGUAUAAUUAAAGGACUCUCAGACUUAUCCAAUGAACAGUAAAACAGGCGGAGCACUCUUUCCAUGGGAGAAACACUCAGGAAUUGUUCAGCAAAAUAAAAAACCCAAACAAAUUCCUAACAAGAGAGGUCAUACAUAGAAUAAGGUUGUUGAACUUGAAAAUCCUGACAAAAAUCUGUUUGCUCAUUUGUUUUUUUCUUUCUUGACUAUAACUUGAACUUGGUUGACCGAUAAACACGUGAUUGACAAAAACCCCGUUCGUCAUUUCCAUCUGCCUUCUCUCUUUUCUCACUUCCUGCUGGGCCCACACCCCCAUUUUCUCAUCUCACCCCCUCCAGAGAGUUACAGUGCAGAAGACAAGUACAAAAUUUGGAUGAGGCAUCGAUACAACAGUUGCGUACAUUGCUUGGGGGAACUGAUGGGCCACGAGUCUUUCCAAGUCCAGGUGAGUUUUGCUGGGGUGAUUAGUUUGGCUACAUGAUUCUACUGUCAGGGAGAAAGGCGGGGUAUAAAUAAAUAUAUAGGCAGCCCCCCAUUUACGCAAGUUUAUAGCUUUGUAAACAAGCAUUUUGGUUUCCCUGCGAAUGUCCUGGUCCUCAAACACUCUGCACUUCAAUCGGGAGAAAGCCGCACUCGCAGAGCUCAGGCAAUGCUGGAUUUCGGCAUCAAUGUUGGCCCUUGUGGAAAGAUAACUGCUAAGAGGAAGGUAUGCUUGGUAAAUCCACACCAUGAUCGACUCCUGCCUGGAAACCAAUGUCCCCACUGUGGAAGGACGUGUGGAUCCACAAUUGGCCUCCACAGUCACUUACGGACUCAUUGUUAAAACCGUGUUUAUGGAAGACAAUCUUACUCGGCUACAAGUGAUCACCAAAGAAGAAGAAGACGACGCAAGUUUAAUAUGUGCACAACCGUGUAUACGCUCAUCGUUCCGAACCUGGAAGAGACUCGGAAAUGUCAUAAAGGCGUCACUGGAAAGGGUGGAGUGGGGUGUUUGCAGGCUUUUUCAAUGGGUUUCAAUUAUACGCGAUUUCACUGGUGCUUGCGGUGCCUUGGAACAUAGCUCCUGCAUGAACGGGGGGCUGCCUGUAAUAAAAAUAAAAUAAUAAUUUAUUUAUACCCCGCCCAUCUGGCUGGGUUUCCCUAGCCACUCUGGGCGGCUUCCAACCGAAUAUUAAAAACAAUACAGUGUCAAGAAUGCUUGGGGAGGAGGCCGGGCAGUCUUAAGGCCCUCACGACUUAAGACUGUGGCUGCAUUCGCACGUGCAUUGCAUCAGUUUAAUUGAUUAUAAGGCUAGCUCUUCAGUCCUGUUUCCUAAUGUUAUCUUUCCCUCUCCCCCUGUUUAUUUUAAGGAAUCUGCCCUCUGCACCCUGAUGAAAUUUGUUGAAUUGGAAGCCAAGCACCCUCUGGUCAAGAACGAGUGGCGGUUUAACUUCCCGCGAGAACUUUUGAAAGUAAGUCGCACUUUUGAUACCAUCGACCAUGACAUCCUUCUGGAUCGUCCAGGGGAGUUGGGCGCUCUGUAAUACAGUGGUUCUGCUCCUUCCUCCUAGGCUGUGUUCAGAAAGUGGUGUUGGGGGAUGAGUGUUCAGACCCCUGGGCUCUCACUUCAGGGCUCCGUCCUCUCCCCCAUGCUUUUUAACAUCUACAUGAAGCCGCUGGGAGAGAUUAUCAGGGGGUUUGGGCUGGGUGUUCACCAGUAUGCGGAUGAUACCCAGCUCUGCCUCUCUUUUAAAUCGGAACCACUGAAGGUGGUGAAUGUCCUAUGAGGGUGUUUGGAGGAUGCAUGGUGGUUAACAGAUUGAGGUUGAAUCCAGACAAGAUUGUUUUGUUGGGGAUGGGGUGGGCGGGUGUGGAGGACUCACUGGUCAUGACUGGGGUAACUGCCCCUGAAGGACCAGGUGCGCAGCCUGGGAGUCAUUCUAGACUCACAGCAACCUUUUUGCCAUCAUUUAUUCCCUCUUCGUCUCUGAAGAUUUGUUUAUGGUCCAAUUUGGGAUUAACAUAAAGUACUCCCCCCCCUUUUCUUCUUCAAGCAUAUGAAUUCCUGUCCUAAUCCUUUAUUUAACAAUAGUCUUCUGUGUUGUCUCUUUAUACAGGUUGCUUGGUAGCAAAUAACAACUAGUUUUUGUCUCGCCAAAAUAUGUGUAAUCCUAAUUCGUCAGUUUUUAUUGUUCAAACCAUUAGCAUUCCGAGAGAGCAAUUUUAAAUCCAUCAUUGAUUCUUUUUAUACAGCUUAAAGUCAUUUUAGAAAUUUGUAAUGACCUUAUUUACUAUCUUCCUCCCGCUAUUCCACCUGCUUAUCUCCUAGUUCCUUUUCGUAUUUCCUCCGAAAUGCUUCUGCUUUUAUUGGCUCUACACAUCUUUGCUUCAUACGUAAAAGAAAGUCCUUCUGGAUAUUCCCUUCUCACAGAUCAUCCUUUGUCCUCUAUUGGCUUGUUUUAGGGUUCUUCCCUCUUGGGGUAUUUUGUUCCCUUAAGCAUCCUUUUAUCACUCUCUUUUUUGAGGGUGCUUAAGGAUUGGCACUAGGGAUGCAGGUGGCGCUGUGGGUUAAACCACAGAGCCUAGGACUUGCCGAUCAGAAGGUCGGUGGUUUGAAUCCCAGCGACGGGGUGAGCUCCUGUUGCUCAGUCCCUGCUCCUGCCAACCUAGCAGUUCGAAAGCACAUCAAAGUGCAAGUAGAUAAAUAGGUACCGCUCCGGCAGUAAGGUAAAUGGCGUUUCCGUGCGCUGCUCUGGUUCGCCAGAAGCGGCUUAGUCCUGCUGGCCACAUGACCCGGAAGCUGUACGCUGGCCAAUAAAGCGAGAUGAGCGCCGCAACCCCAGAGUUGGCCAUGACUGGACCUAAUGGCCAGGGGCCCCUUUACCUUGGCACUAAGAAGGCGAGUUUGUUGUUUGUGUAUUGCAAGCCAGCUCACAUGUGGCUCUCCAGAUGUUGCAGAACUCCUAACACCCAUAAGUUCUGACCAUUAUCCAUGCUGCCUGGGAAUGAUGGGAGCUGGACUCCAUCAACAUUGUUGGACAGCCACACGUUUUGUGGCAUAGGUAAAGGUCCAUUUGGGUCAGCAUUUUUGUUCCAGCUAACCAGAUGGUCUGGGAGGUAUGCAAGCAUGUAGGAAGGCCUUGCUUUGCGUGGUUGCUUGUUUUCAUAGUACAUAGCAUUCAGAGAUACACUGUCUCUGAAAAGGGAGGUUCUAUUUGAGCAAGAAACGGCAUCUCAGUGAAAUGGGGGGAGCGUUGAGUGAAAAGGGAUGGGUAAUACAAUGGUUCAGCUGAUCUUGCCUGCUGAGCUCCUGGCUUCCUUUCCUUGCGUUUUUCUUUUUUAAAAAAACGUGUUUUUUUUUAAAUUAUUUUUUGCUAGGUGGUUGUGGACGGCUUAAUCCCGGUGGAAGCUAAUUCUUCGCUCUUGAUUUCUCGCUUCCAAGAAUACUUGGAACAUGACGAUGUCCGGUUCUUUGUGAUGAAGUCAGUGGCUGAAAAUGUGGGUGGCAUCAUGCAGAAGACCAAAAAGGUACUGGAAAAUGUCAGCCGGCUGCAAUGAAGAGGCUGAGCCCAGGGUGGAGCCUUGUAAAUGACGAGGCAUGUCUAUAUAGAUGAACAGGUGGUGCUUAUCGGAUAAGGGUCAGUCUCCAAAGUCUGCUAUCUCCAGGAGCAGAGAAGAAUAUAAUAAUAAUAAUAAUAAUAAUAAUAAUAAUAAUAAUAACAAUAAUAAUAAUAAUUUUUUAUUAUUUAUACCCCACCCAUCUGGCUGGGUUUCCCCAGCCACUCUGGGCAGCUUCCAACCAAGUAUUAAAAUACAGUGGUCUGUUAAACAUUAAAAGCUUCCCUAAACAGGGCUGCCUUCAGAAGUCUUCUAAAAGUCUGGUAGUUGUUUAUCUCUUUGACAUCUGGUGGGAGGGCGUUCCACAGGGCGGGCGCCACUACCGAGAAGGCCCUCUGCCUGGUUCCCUGUAACUUGGCUUCUCGCAGUGAGGGAACCGACAGAAGGCCCUUGGCGCUGGACCUCAGUGUCCAGGCAGAAUGAUGGGGGUGGAGACGCUCCUUCAGAUAUACUGGGCCAAGGCCGUUUAGGCCUUUAAAGGUCAGCACCAACAUUUUGAAUUGUGCUCGGAAACGUACUGGGAGCCAGUGUAGAUCUUUCAAGACCAGUAUUAUGUGGUCUUGGUGGCCGCUCCCAGUCACCAGUCUAGCUGCAGUCCUUAAAUCAGUGGUGUGUCCUUUGUCCCCCACUCUCUCUGCAGUUCAUCUGAAUCAGGCCAAUGGCUCAUCUAGUCCAGGAUCCGGCUCCUGUAGUGGCCAACCAGAUGCGUGUGGGAAACCUGAAACCAGGACCCCCCCCCCCAAGCACUACACUCACUCUCUCCUGCUGUGGUUUCCAGCAAGUGCCAUUCAGAAGCAUUUCAGUUGAACACAUCAUAAUGGGUAGCCUGGCUCUCGUUGACAAGAGCUUGUGCUGAAAUGCAUCUCUGUAGAGGCAUCUUGCCAUCCCUUCCAGCCCUUCCAAUAUUAUUGUUAUUAUUAUUAGUAUUAUUAGUAGUAGUAAUACCCCGCUGAUGUGACUGGGUUGCCCCAGUCUCUGAGCAACUUCCAACAUACCGUAUUUUUCGCUCCAUAAGACGCACCUGACCAUAAGACACACCUAGUUUUUAGAGGAGGAAAACAAGAAAAAAAUAAUUCUGAACGAAACAGUGGAUGUAUGAUUUUUGUGGUUCAUGCUGCAACCACAGGCAUGAUAUGUGAUUUGAUGGAGAGUUUGGGGUAGCCCAAUGCAAAAAUCCUGAGAAUCCAUGUGGAUCCAUGCUUUGUAACCACGUUUUUGCGCCAUUGCGGCCCCACAAAACAGUGGAUGCGUGAUUUUUUUUGGUGCAGGCUAUAGCCACGGACAUGCUAUGUGAUCUGAUGGUGAAUUUGGGGUGACCCAAUGCAAAAAUCCUGAGGAUCCAUGCGCUUUUACCUCCCCCCUCCCAGGUAGCCUCCUUUAUCACUAGCAUCCCUUAUCUACCUCCCAAUUGCUUGCCAAUCAGCUGCUCAACGGCUUCGUUUCAACACUCCUUUCCCUCUUUCAAAAAAAGAAAAAGAAAAGAAAGCAUGAUUUGCGUUUUGCCCCUGGGCAAUUCGGCUCCAGGGACUACACAUUCGCUCCAUAAGAAGCACAGACAUUCCCCCUUACUUUUUAGGAGGGAAAAAGUGCGUCUUAUAGAGCGAGAAAUACAGUAUAUAAAAACAUUAAACAUUAAAAACUUCUACAUACAGGGCUGCCUUCAGAUGUCUCCCAAUGGAUUUUUUUUAUAUACUACUUUCUUUUUUACAUGCACCGACUACUUAUUAUAAUGAUGAAAAAAUUCAGCUUGGAGAAAUGCGCUAAGAAAGCAUGGUUCUAAAGCAGCAGUAGCAUGAAAUCAUGUUAUUAGUAGUCGUAUUACUUUUACUGUUAUUAUUACUACUACUGUUUAGGGUUAAUGGCUUCUAAACAGUUCACAAAUUAAAAAAAAACCCAAUUGCAGAUUGGCAAUACCCCUUCACCCAAACACCAGAUGAUUCUCAGCACAUGGUAACAUGGAGGCAGGAUUUUUGCAUCAAGAGAAGAAGAUGUAGCCCUCUCUGAGCUGGGGAGAAAUUUAACCGCUCAUUAAAAUAAAUUGCGAGAAAUGUUUUUGCCAGCUCUGUUAGAAAUAAGGAGGGACAUUUUGCUCGUUGCCAGGAAAAGAUUCCCCAUGCUGCUUUUUGGUGCUUGUGAUCACUGCCCAAAGCGGGGGACUCGCGCAACACCCUCAUCUUGAAAUUGGAGGCUUCAAGUUGGGUUCUCUCCCCCCCCCCAUAUAUAUUUUUAUUGAGUUUCCAUUUUUAACAAUAUUAUAACAUCAUAUCACCUUUUACAAAUUUUAGCUCUGCCGAGCUUUUGACUUUUCUCCGUUCCAUCAUCUGGUUUUUAUAGAACACAACUUAAACCCGCACAUUUAUAACCGUUGAAAUUCUACAUUUAUCUUAAAUUAUUUAAAACCUAAAGCACAAGUAGAAGGUUUCUUCUUUUAAAUGUCGCGAGCUUUAUCGCUGUCCCGCUAGCGUCUUUAUACAUUCAAAAUGAUGGGUCUGUGUAUUGAACAAAUUUACUCCACUCUCCCUGGAACGCUUGGUCCCUCUGGUUUCAGAUUCUCCCUGUCAGCGUUGCCAAUUCCACAUACGGUGGUACCUCGGGUUAAGUACUUAAUUCGUUCCGGAGGUCCGUACUUAACCUGAAACUGUUCUUAACCUGAAGCACCACUUUAGCUAAUGGGGCCUCCUGCUGCCGCUGCGCAGCUGGGGCACGAUUUCUGUUCUCAUCCUGAAGCAAAGUUCUUAACCUGAAGCACUAUUUCUGGGUUAGCGGAGUCUGUAACCUGAAGCGUAUGUAACCUGAAGCGUAUGUAACCCGAGGUACCACUGUAGUCCAUCAUCUUCAUCUGCCAUUUGUCUAUCGUCGGUAAUUCUUGCUGCUUCCACUUCUGGGCUAAUAAAAUUCUAGCUGCUGUAGUAGCAUACAUAAACAAUUUCUGGUCAAAUUUUAAUAUUCCCACUCCUGUCAUCCCCAAGAAGAAUGUUUCCGGUUUUUUGGGGAAAGUAUAUCUAAACUUUUUUUUUUUUAACUCAUUGUAAAUAUUUUCCCAAAAUACUUUAACUUUAUCACAAUUCCACCACAUACGAUAAAAAUCACCCUCUUUACCGUUACAUUUCCAACAAUUCUUAUUACUCAUUUUAUGCAUUUUAGCUAAUUUAGUUGGUGUUGAAUACCAUCUAUGCAUCAUUUUCAUUAUAGUUUCUUUCAGUGCCAUGCAUGCAGUGAAUUUAAUUCUGUAAUUCCAUAACUUUGACCAGGCUUUGAAUUGAAUAUUAUGGCCAAUUUCUUUUGCCCACUUAAUUAUCACCUCUUUAACCUCUUCAUCUUUUGUAUGCCGUUCUAAGUCAUACAUUUUUGAUAAGAUUUUUAUUUUUCCUCCCCACAAUUCGGUUUCUAGCUUAGAUCUAAAAGUUUCAAGGUCAUUCUUCCUAUUAUCCUUUUUAAAUACAUCAUUUAUUAAAUGAUAUUGCAUUCAUGUUUGGUUCUUUGUGUGUCUUCCACGAUACAACACUGUGGGGUUUUUCUUCUUCUGCAGGUGCCACUUCCAGUGUACCAGAAAAACGCCUUUGCCCUCAUUUCAUCUAUUUCCAUGCCGAGCGAGGAGAGCGAGAUACAGAACUUCCUAGUGAGAAACAGUGAGUGAAAAGUGGCAGCUGCUCGUUCGGACAUAUUUGUGUUAGGACUGGGGCGCUUUGACCCACGCAGCCCCCCUAAAGUGCUCAGCGACUCUACCUUGCCAGCGUUGGAGAUUUCAGUGAGGUAGCCCAAGGGCCACAUUCACUUGAGAGCAGCUUUCUAGGGGCCCCAGGCUAGGGAUGGGCAGGGUCAGAGGCAAAAGUGGUCAGAGCCCUUCAUGCAGCAGGCUGCAUCCCAUCCUCACGAAUGUCGAGAGUUUUCUACCUGUACUCUCUAAGCUCCCUGGCCUAGGAAGCACCAGACAUUUGAAACAGCAUCACGCCACUUUCAACAGCCAUGGCUUCCCCCUGAGCAUCCUGGGGACGGGGCUGUUGUUUGCUAAUGGUGUUAAGAGUUGUUAGGGGGCAGCCUCACGGAGCUAAAAUUCCCACACUUAUUAUUGCUUAUUAUUUAGAUGCCCUUCAUCCAUAAAUCCCAGCAUAAAGGUACUAGAUCAAAAUGCAAAAUGCACGAUAAAAACAAGAAUGAAACAAAACAAUAAAGCAGUAAAUCAGUAGUACAAACUGUAGGUAAUGCAAAUCACUGUCCCGUGAUUUCAUAUAUGAGUUUGUACUACUGAUGAAGCCCAAGACGGUGAAACAAGGCUAAUAUUCUCGAAAUCCUUGUCUUACACUCUGUGAAAGGAUUCUGUGGAACUGCAACAACCUUUCGUGUGGAUUGUUGGACUCUAUGAACAGACAGGUGGAAUAGACACUUUCAUAUAUAUGGACCUUAUGCAUAAACUGAUUAGAGAAUGAACUGAUCCACUGGGUCUUCUACAUUUUUUGUUGAACUUCAUGAGCUACUUCUGUUGAAAUCUACAUUGCAAUACAAUGAAUAGGAUAUAUUAUUUUUUCAAAUGUACAGCCAGUUACGUCUUGUGUGUUGAAUAUGUUUCACAUAAACAGAGGUUUGUUGUUGUUUUGGGGUCUGGACUUUCUGCAGGCUGAACAUGGGCUCCACAGACUUGCAGACUUGGUCGCACUUUGCGCUUUUGUUUACCUGACUGUUUCCUUCUUUUCCUCUCCCCCUGCAACAGCUAACCAGGAAGAAUGGAAAGUCUCAAAGCUGAAGGUAGGUAUUUUGGGUGGCUGAAUGGAAUUCCGUUUCUGCUCUUGACUUGCACGUCCUGUUUCAUUGACAGCAGGAUGGGGAGGGUCAGCCUGGGUGGGCGGCCGACCUCUGGGGAGCAUCGCAAUUUGCAUCAGCCCCAACUAGCAUGUCCUAGGAUUGGGUGUGGGGUUGAGGGCACCAGGUUGGCUAACUGGGUUUAGGGUUGCUCUCUGAUGCAACUGUUUUGCACCUGUGCAGGUGGCUGUCUGAGUGUUUCUGUCAUGAAUUCUACUGAUACUGACCCAGAGCGGAUUCCAACAUGUAGUUAGCAGAGUAAAAACCUAAACACGUUGCAGGAUUCCCAAAAAAUAGACCAGACAAUUAAUAUUUCAUCCAGCAGAGCUUUGCUGUUAUUUGAAGGCAAAUGAGCAUAAUGGUCACAAAUCCAAUUCAUUCAGGAUUGGCACUGCCCAUAAAAAAUCCAGUUGCGGCAACUUACAAUAACUUAUACACUGGUACCUCAGGUUACAAACACCUUGAGUUACAAACACUUCAGGUUACAGACUCGGCUAACCCGGAAGUAGUACCUUGGGUUAAGAACUUUACCUCAGGAGGAGAACUGAAAUCGUGCGGCGGCGGCAGUGGGAGGCCCCACUAGCUGAAAUGGUACCUCAGGUUAAGAAUGGCUUCAGGUUAAGAACGGACCUUCAGAUCGAAUUAAUUUGUAACCAGAGAUGCCACUGUAAUAAGACUAAAACCUUAACGCUCAGCAGAUCGGUACUCUGUUCCAGAAGCUCUGAGCUGGCUGGAUUUCUUCCCGGAGAGUGACAGAGAGGCAGGGGAUGGUGUGUCAUGCUCUGGUCUUGCGUCGUAGCUGCCGUCAGGCCUUAUUCUCAAACUCCUCUUCCUUCAGAGGAAUGCUCUGCAUAUCCCAGCCAGCCCAGGCAUCAGCGUAGAACCCCUGUUACAAGCAUCUGCUGCAGAGUGGCACAACAGAUGUUCUGGAGACUCCAUUCUAUUCAUGAUUGAAGUGAGAAAAAUAAUGUGCAUCUCUCAUUGAGAAAUCUGGUACAUGCUGGCUUCAGGGGCCUGACAAGGAUGAGUGUGGCUGGCUCAGUGGUCGUCCACUGUGUGAUAAUGUUUUCCAACAUGAGCCCACUAAAGCCCAAUGAACGCAAGAUGGUUCCUGCGGAGACCUACUUCCUCCCUGUUCUUUCUGCCCUUUCUGUUUCCAGGAGCACAGACGAGCGUUUGAGAGGAUGUGGCUCGUAUUUCUCAAGUACAAGGUGAGUGGCUAGUGCUGUUGAAGGUUUUUGUAGAAUUGUAGAGUUAGAAGGGAUCCCAUGGGUCAUCUAGCCCAACCCCCUGCAAUGCAGGAAUCUCAGUUAAAGCAUCCGUGGGUUUUGCUUUAAUGUCACGCUAAAAAAACAACAACUGCACUCUUUCGUUAAAGUAGGUUUUUUAAUGAUUUCUUUCAAGUGGUUUUAUCCCGAAGAGGGCUCCCAGAGUGGUUUGCAGUGACCAAAUAUCGUACUGGCCCCUCAGACUAAAAGGGGACAGUGCAAAAGGGGGAAAAGGGGGAUUUGGGAGGAAGGAAGGGAAUGCAAAAGCUGGGCGCCAGUUCUAAAGUUCUUCAUAAAGAUCAUCUGGAAUAAGAACGGUUCUGGGAGAGGAGGAGCCGGAAGUUGUUAUUCUUCCAGCAGAGCCGAUGGUGUGGCCCUGCUCUGCUUUCUUUCCUUUCUUCUUCUAUAGCCUGAUGGAUCGUCAUCCAUGGUGGAUGAUGCUGGAAGGAAAACCUGCUUGACUGUGACCGUCUGACUAUCCUUCCUCUCUCCUCAGCUACCUGGCAGCCUCUACAAAAAAGUGCUGGUAAUACUUCACGACUCGAUCCUCCCUCAUAUGAACGAGCCAACCCUCAUGAUAGAUUUCCUGACGGUCGCCUAUGACGUAGGUAGGUCGAGAGGUUGCGUUCUCCAGGCAAUGGAGAGUGGUAAUGCUGGACUGGCAAGUCACCUGUGGGCCAUAUGAGCUUUGGGGUGAACUUGAGUGGCCAACCUGGGGGCACAGAGGCCAGAGGGGCCUGAGGAAUCCGGGUCUUUUGCACUCCGGGCUAAGGAGGGUCUCUGGCUUGGCUCUGGCAUAUGCCGUAUUUUUCGCUCCAUAAGACGCACCUGACCAUAAGACACACCUAGUUUUUAGAGGAGGAAAACAAGAAAAAAAUAUUCUGAAGGAAACAGUGGAUGUAUGAUUUUUGUGGUUCAUGCUGUGGCCACAGACAUGUGAUUUGACGGUGAGUUUGGGGUAGCCCAAUGCAAAAAUCCUGAGAAUCCAUGUGGAUCCGUGCUUUUUAACCACAUUUUUGCACCAUUGCGGCCCCACAAAACAGUGGAUGCGAGGUUUUUUUGGUGCAGGCUGUAGCCGUGGACAUGCUAUGUGAUCUGAUGGUGAAUUUGGGAUGACCCAGUGCAAAACUCCUGAGGAUCCAUGCGCUUUUUCCUCCCCCCUUCCAGGCAGCCUCCUUUCUCGCUAGCGUCCCUUAUCUCCCUCCUGAUCGCUUGCAGAUCAGCUGCUCAGCAGCUUUUUUUCAACACCCCCUUCCCUCUUUCAAAAAUCUGCUUUUCGCCCCUGGGCAAUUUGGCUCCAGGGACCACGCAUUCGCUCUGUAAGACGCACAAACAUUUCCCCUUACUUUUUAGGAGGAAAAAAGUGUGUCUUAUGGAGGAAAAAAUACGGUAAUCAGUCUGGCCUACAGUGUUCUUUGCCUCUCUGCCAGCAUGGAACUUGAUGAUGGUCUGUGUGGGCCUCUUGGUAGUCACCCUUCCAUGCUGGGCUGCUGCAAUGCGCUUGAUGUAGGGCUGCCCCUGGAGACUGUCUGAAAGCUGCGGUGAACACAGGAUUCGGCUGCUAAGUUGAGGGGGGGGAGGGCAAGAAUAAAAAAGGAAUUAAUAAUACAAAAUAUAUAAUGAUCAUAAUUAGCUUCAGCAAGGCAGCUGCAUCAUGUGCCUUCAUCCUUUGACAACUUGGUAAAACAUUCUGACUGCACGUCUUGUGACUCCCACACUACUGGCUGAACUAGGAUUUAUGAUCGAAUAUAUUCUGUUGACUUAUGUAUACAGUUUUUCAGCAUUUUAGAAAUUUGUUUCUAAUAUAAUGGGACGCGGGUGGAGCUGUGGGUUAAACCACAGAGCCUAGGACUUGCUGAUCAGAAGGUCGGCGGUUCGAAUCCCCACAACAGGGUGAGCUCCCAUUGCUCUGUCCCUGCUCCUGCCAACCUAGUAGUUCGAAACCACGUCAAAGUGCAAGUAGAUAAAUAGGUACCACUCCGGUGGGAAGGUAAAUGGCGUUUCUGUGCGCUACUCUGGUUCACCAGAAGCGGCUUAGUCAUGCUGGCCACAUGACCCGGAAGCUGUAUGCCAGCUCCCUCGGCCAAUAAAGCGAGAUGAGCGCCGCAACCCCAGAGUUGGUCACGGCUGGACCUAAUGGACAGGGGUCCCUUUACCUUUAUCUUUAAUAUAAUAAUCUAUUGUAAUAAUUUAUUAUUUAUACCUCUCCCCAUCUGGCUGGGCCUCCCCAGCCACUCUGGGCUGCUCCCCACAGAAUAUUAAAAACAUGAUCAAACAUUAAAAGCUUCCCUAAACAGGGCUGCCUUCUAAAAGUCAGAUAGUUGUUUAUUUCCUUGACAUCUGAUGGGAGGGUGUUCCACAGGGCGGGCGCCACUACCGAGAAGGCCCUCUGCCUGGUUCCCUGUAACCUCGCUUCUCGCAAUGAGGGAACCGCCAAAAGGCCCUUGGAGCUGGACCUCAGUGUCUGGGCUGAACGAUGGAGUUGGAGACGCUCCUUCAGGUUUAAAUAAUAGCAUUCAGUCGGCACACAUGUGUAGUCCUGCUUAUGAGCUGAGAGCCCGGUUCCUACCCAUUUGUUGCUUCCCCAAUAACGUUUUCCCUAGGCUUUCCCUGAUGCAUAAGACUGAACCCUAUUAUUACAGAAAUUCUGCUUUUAUAAUAUAUACUGUUUUCGGUUGUUGUUUUUCUGGCGGAAGGUGGUGGACUCCCCUUCACUGGAGGUUUUUUAAACAGGUUGUAUGGCCAUCUGUCAAGUAUUCUUUAGCACUGCAGGGGGUUGGACUAGAUGACCCUUGGGUUCCCUUCAAGCUCUACAAUUCUGUGGUGUGCCCCUGGUUUUAUGUUUUUUUUUAAAAAAUUGGUGUAUUUCUGUGUAUUGCCUAGAAAAAAAGUAAGCAGUUUAGAAUUGCUUUUAUUUUAAGUAAGCGAAUAAAUGCUUCUCUCACAGGUGGAGCAAUCAGCCUCCUUGCCUUGAACGGGUUGUUUGUCCUGAUUCUGCAGCAUAACCUGUAAGUUUCCCCGGCUCCCUGGGAUGUGAGCCACUCUUGGGAUGCCACCUGUUUGGAUAAUCAUGCAUUGAAGCCCUUUCGUAUGCAGAAUGGGCGGUGUUUGGCGAGUGAACCUUGGUUAAAUAUCUUGGUUGUUGCCAUCUCACACAGAGAUAGGGAGGCCAGCUCAAGAUGCUAAAUGUACAGGGAAAUUGUACAGCGAAUGAGCAGGUCCCUCGCUCUGUAUCUGCGUCAACCCCACGCGAAACUCGCCUUUUGCAAGCCGAGUUGCGCUCAAACAUCUAUCGUCAACCAUAUUAUAGUAGCAUCAUAAGUAAAACACAGAACACCACACGACACAGCACAAAAUAAUCAUUAAGUGACUGGCUGGACAAGAGAGUUAUGGGCAGCUGGACAGGGGUGUCUGCGUGAAAAAAGUCUUUAAGAGACUCCUGGAAAGCAAAAGUGAGAAUUCCUACCAAAUUCCACAGCACUUGGGAACAGUGAGGCUAAAUCUCCAAUUUCUGUAGCACAGGGGACAACUAACAACCCUUAUCCAAAAUAUUUUUGGUGAUCGAGCUAGGCUUUAUAAGAGCUCAGGCGAUCCUUAAAAGCUUUGUGUAUUAACUCUAGAGCCUUGAACCUGGCUGGGUAGGCGUAGUUUAUUUAUUUUUUAAGAGAUGACUUUGAGAUUGGCUUUGACCAUUUGCCCGACCAUGCCCAAGAGAAAGGCCUCUGGUUUCUUAGGAAAGGUAUAUUUGAAUACCUUUUUAAUUCAUUAUAUAUCAUUUCCCAGAAAGCCUUAAUCUUUGGGCACGUCCACCAAAGGUGAAAAAAUGUACCUUCAGUUUCUUUACAUUUCCAACAUUUGUUAUCGGGCAAAUGAUAGAUUUUUGCAAGCUUGACUGGGGUUAUGUACCACCUGUAUAUCAUUUUCAUAAUAUUCUCUCUUAAGGCAUUACAUGCCGUAAAUUUCAUACCUGUGGUCCACAACUGUUCCCAGUCAGCAAACAUAAUGUUAUGUCCAGCGUCUUGUGCCCAUUUAAUCAUAGCCGAUUUUACCGUUUCAUCCUGAGUGUUCCAUUUCAGCAGCAAGUUAUACAUUCUUGACAAAUUCUUAGUUUUGGGUUCUAACAGUUCAGUUUCUAAUUUGGAUCUUUCCACCUGGAAGCCAAUUUUCUUGUCCAAUUUAAAUGCCUCCAUUAACCAAAGAGCCACUUCUGGUUGUUCUUGCUGGAGCUCCUGCAUGUUGCGCUAAACCGUGGUUUGGUGUGAAGUGCAAACGCAGCCGCUGUGUUAAAUGAGUUUUCACUAUCUUUGGAGUCAGUAGUCACUCAGAUGUGUAAGAGGGUUCAGCAAGGCAGCUUGCCUAUCUGUUUUGGUCUCCAUAGGGAAUAUCCGGAUUUUUACAAGAAGCUCUACAGCCUUCUGGACCCAUCUAUCUUCCACGUGAAAUACCGCGCCAGGUUUUUCCGUUUAUUGGAUUUAUUCCUGUCUUCCUCGUAAGUACGCACAUGACCAAAAUGCCACAAGGCCCUUUUGUGUCCUGCUUGCUUAGACUUUGAUCAAGUAACAUGAAGGCUCAUUUCCCCUUUGGCUGUUUCCAAAGGCUGGCCUAGCCCUCCUAAAACCUUCUUCAUUUUCUUUGGGAACAGAGAAUACAGUGGUACCUCAGGUUACAUACGCUUCAGGUUACAGACUCCGCUAACCCAGAAAUAGUACCUCGGGUUAAGAACUUUGCUUCAGGAUGAGAACAGAAAUCGUGCUCUGGCGGUGCGGCAGCAGCUGGAGGCCCCAUUAGCUAAAGUGGUGCUUCAGGUUAAGAACAGUUUCAGGUUAAGAACAGAGCUCCAGAACGAAUUAAGUACUUAACCUGAGGUACCACUGUAAAUGAGACAGGUUUGAGGAUCUCUUUUUAGUAGGUUUUAAAUCCACAAAGAACCUCUGAAAACCCACCCACCUCCUCCAAAAAACUAAACAACCUCCCCACUUCAAUUACUUUGAUUUUAGGUGCUGGAGACUUUUGAAAGGCCUGCUUUUCUCUGCAGCAUGCCUUAAACAUAAUUUGCAAUAAGCAAUUGGCAAGACAGGCGCUGAGAUUCAGAAGCAGGGGAGAAAAAUAUAUGGGGGAAGCUGUGUUCCGCAUCAUGUUUAAAUUAUGCAAAUAAGCAGAUUUGCAUAUUUGUUUUAUUGCGUGAAAUUUAUACCCCGCUUAAUUGUAACAAAAAAACCCCAAAUCCCUUCAAAGUGGUUUACAAUUUGAAGAGUUGCGUACCCAAGUACAGUCGUACCUUGGUUCUCGAAUAGAAUCCGUUCCGGAAGUCCGUUCGACUUCUGAAAACGUUUGAAAACAAAGCCUUGGAAGCCCCGUCGGACGUUCAGGUUCCAAAGAACGUUCGCAAACCGGAACACUCCUGGGUUUGCGGUGUUCAGGAGCCAAAACGUUCGAGUUGCAAGGCGUUCAACAACCAAGGUGUGACUGUACUGAUAUUUAGAGGCCUUUUCUUUGAGUGACCUUGAACUGGGCUUGUGUGAUGGUGGGGAAGAGAGGAAGAGAGUUUUCACCACCCUCUCCUCUUCCCUUCCAUUAGGCACUUGCCCGCAUAUCUGGUGGCUGCCUUCACAAAACGACUCUCUCGCCUGGCACUCACAGCACCGCCUGACGGCUUACUGAUCGUCAUCCCCUUCAUCUGCAACCUCUUGCGGAGGCAUCCGGCGUGCAAGGUCCUCAUCCACAGGCCUGAAGGCCCUGCAGGUAAGAGGAAGGUGGCACAACCUUGAACCAUUUCUGGACAAAGGCAAAGGCAGGGCUGAGCUUUUCUGUGAGCGUUCUUUUUGCCUCUGUCCAAAAUUGUGAGACGUUCACAUGCACAUAGCUUGCAUCAAAGGGGCGCCAACCUUUUGAACCCUAUGGAACAGGGGUCGGCAAGGCUUACCGCGCAUGGGCCGGAACCCUCCCGUGGAGAUCCUCCGUGGGCUGGGCUGGGCUGGCGCAGCGCGACACCUGAAAUCGCAUCUACGCAUGUCCACGGUGCCAGAAAUUGCUUCUGCACAGAAGUGAUUUUCCGGUGUCUGGGCAUGCGCAGAAGCAAUUUCUGGAGCCGCGGAAGAGAGUCCCCAUGCUGUGAUUUGCCAGUUUAGUGCAGUGUGCGGGGACUCAGUGAGCAGGCGGUUCGGUUCGGGAGUGGCUCGUGGGCCGGUUAAAGGGCCUCCGUGGGCUGCUUCCAGCCCAUGGGCCUUAGGUUGCCGACCCCUGCUAUGGAAGUAGGAAAGCCUGGAGUUUUUUUAGUACUGUUUAUUUGAUAUUACCGACAACGAAAAAGUAUUUCCAAUCUUAAUGCUUCCAUACCAUGCAUUCAGAUACUCAACAAAAAACUGUCCCACCUUUCCUCAAAAUCAGCAUUCCUUUUUAUUUUUUGAAGGAGUGAACUUAUCCAUUUCGGCCACUUCCAAAUGUUUUAUUAGCUGCCAGAGUGUGUUGGCACUCCUGUUUUCUAGGUACCUUUCAAGGGAGAAGAAGACAACCCCUUUCACAACAUCAUAAAUAAGGGAGGCUGUUUGGGUGGGGCCCUCAGAGGCUUUGACGGCAUCGGGAAAGACCUCAAGAGAGCUCUGUUGUGCCUGAGGGGGCACCAGGCCCUCUGGCCUAGAUGAAAUAUAUGCCAAAUUGUCUGGGCAACCUUGUCAUGCCAGCUGGUGACCAUUGGGACUGGUAGGGUGGAAGGCAAGCAGCCCAACAACAGCAGAGAGAGCCAGAGUUGAUGACACCUAAAGACAUAAAGGGACGUGGGUGGCGCUGUGGGUAAAACCUCAGCACCUAGGACUUGCCGAUCAUCAGGUCGGCGGUUCGAAUCCCCGCGGCGGGGUGCGCUCCCGUUGCUCGGUCCCAGCGCCUGCCAACCUAGCAGUUCGAAAGCACCCCUGGGUGCAAGUAGAUAAAUAGGGACCGCUUACUAGCGGGGAGGUAAACGGCGUUUCCGUGUGCUGCGCUGGCUCGCCAGAUGCAGCUUGUCACGCUGGCCACGUGACCCGGAAGUGUCUGCGGACAGCGCUAAGUGUCGGACACGACUGGCCUGUACGGGCAGGGGUACCUUUACCUUUACCUUAAAGGCAUAAAGCAGGGAGGCCAACAGUAGGUGGCACUAGAGCCGGUUCUGAGGUGUAUCCUCUUGGGACACAGGCCUCACAUUUUUGCUGGUAAUGGCGUUCUGUGUUUCCUUGUAGAGAUGUCAGAAGAUCCCUACUUGAUGAGUGAAGAAGAGCCUUCGGAAAGCAGAGCGAUGGAGAGCUCCCUUUGGGAGAUACAGGUACGUUUCUGGGUAUCUGAGCGGCUUCCUUGUGUGCUGGUGCCAGGUUCCAGUGAGGGAGCCUGUCGUGGGGGAGCCUGGUCACACCCACUCCAAAAGAUGGCCCCCUUGCUACGCCAUUGAUGGGCUGUUCUAAAAGGGAUGCAGAAAGCGCUGGUGGGAUUCAGCACUGUGUACCUCUUCAGCUUGGCCUGAAUCUAGAAAGCCAGGUCACCGGAGAGAAAGGCUUUGCAGAGACCUCUCCCUGGUGUGCUUGCUCUCUGCAUGCAGGGAGCUCUUCACAUCUGGCAGCAUUCAAAAGCAUGACUGCAUUCCCUACUUUCAGAAGUGCAACAGUCCAGAAUUUCGCCACUUCGUUUUGCCUAAAAUGUAGAAAAUGUUUAACGCUUGCCUAGGGAGACACAGGCAACUGCAGACAGGAGCGGGUAGCCCUACUCUCUAACAAAAGGGAUGAGAACCAUUUUUCACCCAAGAUCUGGAUUCCCCUUGGGGCAAUUUGUGGGUGCGGCAACUGAUGUGAAUUCUGUCUUUGCACAAUGAAUCAUUCUGCAGGUGGAAAUUUUUUUAAUUGAAAAUAUUUCAGUUGAACAAAAUAAAGUGAAAAAUAAAUGAAAAAAGUAACAAGUCGUACGUAAUUUUUUAAAAAACAAACAAACCCCCAAAGCAAAACAACAUUAUAAUUCUAUACCUUCUCAUCUAGUACAAAGGUAUACAAAUGAAACUUUUAUUAUAAUACAUAUCCAUUUAUUUAUAACCUACUAUAAUUGUUAUAAAUGUUUUCCAAAUAUAAUAUUUGUCCAUACACAGUCUAUGUCUAUAAGCUCUCCAAUCGAGUUGUCAUGUCUUCUAUCCAUUCAUUAAAGGGAGCCAUAGAUUUAUGUUUUUAGCGGAUCAAUAUCAGUCUUUUAGCUGUAGUGAGGGCAUGUAGAAUCCUUUUAUGUUAGCCAGUUGUCACAUUCCGUGUAGUAGGUAGGUAAUUUAAAAUAAUAGUACCCUCUGGCAACGUUAACGUUCUCCCCAAAGUAAUAUUUGUACAAUCUAGUACUCUCUCCUAAAACUUCAUAGGCAUAGGACAUUGAAUAAACAUAUGUGUCAAAAAAGCAUUAUUACAUGUACAACCUGUUGUCAUAGAUAGUCCCUUUCUAGACAAAGCUACUGUGUGAAUUUGUGGCAAAAUUGAGGUUUGGACAGGGGAGCCUAUCCCCACUUGCUGACAGGAGUGUCUGUCAGAAGCAAGUUGGCAAUAACUCACAUGGUAUUAGUGAAGUUAAGUCUUUUUUCAAAGAAACAAAACGGCCCAGGAGGCCAGGCCUAGUGGUCACAGCAACCCUUCCCCUUCCUGCAGUUGUGAGGACUGCCUUCCCACCGCUCCCUUAAGUCUCCUUCUCCAGGUCCUUCCCAAGCAACCUGAGACUUCUCUACCUGGUCUGUCUUUGCUGCGCCUUCUUCAUACCUCUUUGGGAACUGGGAGGAGGGGAAGACGGCCUAGUUUCCUCACCAGCCAGACUCAUCUCUGGCUCUUGGUCCUUCUUGGUCCCCCUCCUCUCCAGCCUCCACUUCUGCCUCUGCUUCUGGACUGCUCCCUGCCACACCCUCAUCCUGCUCACUAAAGCCUGUCGCCUCUCCAGCUUCCGACACGUCCUCCCAGUCUGCUCCCUCUUCUCCCUCUGACCACUUAUCAUCAUCCCACCACCAAUCCCAUGGCUCUGAGUCUUCUUCCCUUGGGGGUUCCCCAGCUAGUGCCUCCCACCACUCCUCUGUGUCCAACCAGUCCAUGGCACUUACACACUUAGCUGCCGUAUCUCGCCAGGGUUUUGCCGGGGCCACUCUAGCAAGGCCUUGACUUAAGCUGACGGUGAGUUCUGUUCUUUCCGGCGCCUCAGACCCUGCAGAGCCAUUACCACCCAGAAGUGUCCAAGGCUGCUACCACAAUCAACACGUCGCUGUCGGAGAUGGAGGAUGACUUAUCAGAACUCCUGGAGCUGACGGCCUACGAGGUAACCGAUGCUCUUUGUGUGAAUGCAGCAGUGUGUGUUGUGAGAGUGAAAUUCCAGACCCCCUUUUUAAAAACAAAGAAGCUGUGCAUCUCCAGCGCUUUCGUUUGCAGAAUCUCUAGAAACAGGGGAACAGCCUUUUUAUUUGCUAACUUCAGGAGUGGGGAACUUUUCCCAGACUGAUGGCCCCCCCGGCCAACAUGCCUCUGGCCAUAUUCCAGUAGUGGGCGGGGCCAGAGGCAAAAGUGGGUGGGGCAAUGGGAUGCAAAUGUCACCAUUGCACAGUAAGCUAGUUUCUUCAUAUGCACAGAAACACCUCUCUCUGUCUUAUAUCUAGGCAGGCAAAGAGUCAGUGUUCAAUCUGCCCCGCUGGUGCUGUUUUCCCAGUCAAAUUUGCUCCACGGGGUGGGCAGAGGGAGAAAAUGGGGGCCCGCAGUAUUGGCGAACCAAAUUGCAAAAGACUGAUAUUUUGUCUGCCUUUCUCUCUCUCUGUGUCUGUCUCCCCACUGCUACCAGAUCUUUGAUAGGGAUGUAAAGAAAGAAGCCACAGAGAUCCCACUGGAAUUUCAACAAGCCCGAGGUCUGUUUGGCAAGAAGGAUGAUAUUUUUGCUGAAUAUUUUACAUUGGGAUGAUUAAAAAACAACAACUUGUAGUGUUGGAAAUACUGUACAAUAAAGCUUUGCUUUUGUUAUUUAA